AUGAUAGCCAAGAACCAGCAAUGUGAAGGAUCUGACAGAGACCCAAGGAGGCAUCGACGCCACACCGCGAGGACUCCACCUGGGCGCUCACUCACAUCUCUGCCGCCGACGGAGACGAUCGCUUGGCACUUGCUAGUCGGUGUUGUGACCCGCUGCUGCCCUGCGCUCCUCGCCCUCUCCUCCCAGCGGCGCCGAUCUCUUGCCCUCGAGCUCGGUUGGGUGCGCGGGGUGUUGCGAAUUCACGGGCGAAGAGAAAAUAAAACUCACUUGCAACAUCAGGAGGAAGCCGUCGAGAUUAAGACACCUAACUGCUCCCAACCAUCUGACAUUUUACAGAUUACUUCCUCGACUGCCAUGACGGAGGCGGAGGAGAGGCCACGAGCGCGAGGAGCCGUCACAGAAGCCGCCUCAGGCCAGGACGCUGCGUGCUAGUGACGCGGGCGAGGGAGCGACGGACGGCGAGACGAGGUGGGGCGGACAGGACCCCCUCGGCGCCCACUGACUCGAGCUUAGAGCGCUUCGAACGAGUCCCGAGCCCGGAGACGGAGCGCGUCGGCCGAGGGCGAGGCGAAGGACGUUUUCGGGCGCCUCCCGGGACGCGGGCGCGAGCGUGCUGGGGCGCGAAGGUGAUGGUGAAGGCGGCACGUCUGCUGCGAACUUCGACGUCGUGAUCAGACUCAUGAGCAAGUUGUGAUAGUCAGCCCGCUCGACCUCGACGCCAUGACGGUCCAGGUCAACACGUACUUCCGGCUAGCGCUGGUGCUGACCG